CUUGCUUGUCGUGUUUGGUUGGCGCGUUUAAAAACGGUCGUUUUUAUAGUCUGUUUUUUUUUAAAUUAAAUGAUGAACGUUACGGUGGUGAUAAUUAUGAUGUUGUUGUUGAUUAUUUAUUUAAUCGUAUAAGAGACCAAAAUAGAGCGAAAUUUAAAACAAAAGCCAACGAAAACCAGAAGAAGCAAAUUAUCAAAAAAGCAACAAAAAUCAAUUAACAAUAAAACCAAUUGAAUGAAUACAAACAAAUUAUACCUACAUAUAUAUUUAAAACAAAAUUGUGUGCCAUACAAAUUAUAAACAAAACAAAACAGAUAUACAAAUCAAUACUACCUCGUUGUAAAACAAAUAAAAAAAAAACUUAUUAAAAAAAACAUAAAUAAUUAAUAACAAACAAUGCAACUAUUGGUAAAGCACUAAAUUAACAAUAAAUAAAUUGUUAAUACAACAGUGAAAACAACAGUAUAGCAACAUUCUUAUACAAUAUUGCAACAACCUGCUGGAUAAAAUCAACAACAAGUAAAAAAAAAUACAACAGCUGCACACAUUUUGUGCUGCUGUUUUGAGCACAACAAAAAUUUCUUAAAUAAAUCAUAUAAAUACUUAAAACAAUUAAAUAAAAACAAUAAACAAUAACUAUAAAUAAUAACAAUAAGUUUAAAGCAAAAUCACCUAAACUAAAUUGUAAAUCAAAUUAAAUGCAAGAAAAAGAAAACCUGGCAGUGGCGGUGGCGUCAGUUAAAAAUAUACAAUAACAAUAAUAAAUUACAUACAUACAUACAUAAAUAUAUGUACUGUAUAGUAUAUAUCUUUUUAAAGCCAUGACGAUUUGUAAACAACAUCCAAACAUUGUUAUCAGUCUACCUACAUACAACUUGCCUCCAGUUACAUUUUAAGUUACAGUUAUUUAGUCGUUAAUGGUUUCUUCCGCCAUCUUUACUCUCGCUGCUACUUUGCCAACCACGCACCAAUCCGCCAAAUACUGUAACAAACUACAUACCUACCUAACCUAUUCUGCUGCUAAAAAACAUCAAUAAAAUAAAUCUAAAAAUAAUUAUAGAAAAACAACAGAAUUUUCCCAAUAAUACUGAAUGUGUUCCGCUAUGAAUAGCACAUACUCGGAUAAUGUCCAUAAUAUAAACAAUUUAACAAUACCCUUUAUUAACAAAAAACAAUUAACUACGCAGAGCGGUAAUUUUGAAACCGAUGACAUUCCCUAUUUAAGUGAAAAAUUUGCUUCCAUUGCCGAUGAGAAAGAGACAAAAGAUUACGCUCAACUCAAAAUGGAUACAAAUUGUACAAAUGACAACGAUGACCUCAAUAAUGCUCUAAAUACAUGGUCUGGUGGUGGUGAUGGAGAUGGUGGCGGUGGUGAUACAACUGAAGAUGACAUGGGCUUUCAAGACGACAAUGUAUCGCAUGUGGGCUCUGAUUAUUCAGAAUUUCAACCUACCGAACAAGACAACCUGUUUGCUCAACCCAAUCCACCGGAUGUGUAUGGCAGUGAAUUAAAUAAUGUGGAAUUAAAAUACAAUCCAUCGGAACUAAUGCUCAGACCACCUUCGGGUUCAGCAAUGCAUUUUAAUUAUAAUUUCUCAGCCAUGCCAUCACAAACAGAACCACCACCCCCAGCCGCAGGAUCGAAUGUCCAUCGUAGUUCAACAUUGCCCCCCAAUAACACGCCAUUUAUAUAUGGCAAUCAUCCAGAUAUGGGAAGCACCUCAGCAGCAGCAGCGGCAGCCGGUUCAACUGCAUCUAAUUAUUCAACAAAUUCUCAUUCGAAUCCAGGGAGCUUCCAUCCGAACAUGUGGUAUCCUAAUGCACCGUUUGGUACUUAUAGAUCCUAUGGAUCUCACGCAUAUGGCCGUCAUUAUGGCCCCCAACUAUCCCACGAUCAUAUGAUGGACAUGUUUCAAUUAUCAAAUAGUGGUCGAGAGGCAAGAAAUCGAGCAGAAAAAAAUAGACGAGAUAAAUUAAAUGGUUCCAUACAAGAACUUUCCACAAUGGUGCCACAUGUUGCAGAAUCUCCCAGACGUGUCGAUAAGACGGCAGUGUUGAGAUUUGCCGCUCAUGGUCUACGUCUGAAAUAUGUAUUUGGCAGAAGCCUUAACAAUGAAUCAACACAAUCAACGGAUGCUCUCAUGAAAUUAUUGGACAGUUUCUUCCUAACAUUGACCUGUAAUGGUCAAAUUGUUUUAGUAUCUUCCAGUAUAGAACAACAUUUGGGACAUUGUCAGGCUGAUUUAUAUGGUCAAAAUAUCUUGCACAUAGCCCAUCCAGAAGAUCAUCAGCUGUUAAAGGAAAAACUAAUACCCACAGAUUUAGAUAAUCUAUUAGAUAUACAACCGGAAGAUGAAGCAGGUGAACCUAGACAACGAACGCAGGCUGAAGAGGAAGAAAUUGAUAAAAGAUUACGAGAAGAUAAACGAAGUUUUACCAUAAGAUUGGCCAGAUCUGGACCAAGAUCAGAGCCCACAGUUUAUGAGCUGGUUAAAAUAGAUGGCAGUUUUCGACGCAGUGAUAUGGCGCCGAGAGGUCUGAAAACAAGUACAUUUCCCUCAACCUUACAACUAAUGCGACGAAGUCGGGGACGUGAGGACAUAAUGCCACUCCAUACGAUCAGUGGCAAUGAUAUUGUAUUAAUUGCCAUUGCUCGCAUAGUACGACCGCCGGUUAUAAAUCGUGUGGUGGAGGCCAAUCGUUUGGAAUACAAGACACGCCAUUUAAUCGAUGGUCGUAUUAUAGAUUGUGACCAGCGCAUUAGUAUAGUGGCUGGUUAUAUGACAGACGAAGUGCGCAAUUUAAGUCCAUUUACCUUUAUGCAUCAGGACGAUGUACGAUGGGUCAUAGUGGCUCUAAGGCAAAUGUACGAUUGCAAUAGCUCUUAUGGCGAAUCUACUUAUCGUCUUUUUACUCGCAAUGGCAAAAUAAUUUAUUUGCAUACCAAAGGUUACCUAGAGAUCGACAAGAAUACCAAUAAGGUUCACUCAUUUAUCUGUGUUAAUACCCUGCUGGAAGAAGAGGAGGGCAAACGUCGUGUCGAGUAUAUGAAGAAUAAAUUCUCAGUUAUAAUCAAUACUAAAAUACCCCAAUCCUCGGAUGAUGUACCGGCUUCAGAAAAUCCUCAACAAUUGGAAAAGGCUGUCUUGUGUUUAAUACAAAACCUUAAAUCCAGCUCAGAUGAUGAUGGCGAUUCGGAAGCUUCUUCUUCGACAUCGUCGUUUUCAACGAAAUCCCAUCACCAUCAUCAUCAUCACACGAAUCCCUAUCACUAUGGCAGCUCUUCGCCUCAAAUAGCGGGUAUGUCCAGUAUAGGACGUUCCACGAAAACACCUCCUCUAGCUUUAGUACCUCCGGCCGCCGAUUCCAUUAAGAAUUCUAUAACCAAAAGUGUAAGUGUCGUCAAGACAACAGCAGCGAAAUUUUUACGUUCCACCAUCACCAGCUGUGUGCAGCAACCAAUUGUUCUUGACAGUAACUGUGGACCAGAAACAAAUAUUAGUGGACAGCCAGUGGAUGACGGCGACAAUAUGAUUUAUUCGAAUAAUACAGACAGUGAUGGUUAUCUCACAAAUCCAGAACAAGAAGGCGGUCGACAUUAUACGCCGUCCGGUGCAGUUAAACGAAAAAUAUCAUAUUCGUUGUGUGAAACUGAUAGUGAUGAAUAUAGGGUGCCAAUGCAACGUCAAGCCAUAGAAAAUGUUCUUUCUAGUUCAUUGCAACAAAUUAAUAAUAGACUUAAUCAGCAACUAAAUACAGCAUUGGAAUUAAGGGACCAAGGUCAACGAUAUGAAGUACCUCAUACCGAAGAACGUAUAGCAGAUAUUAUGAAAGAGCAUCAAAAGCAACAAGAAAUGUAUAUAAAUAUAACCAACGAAUUUGAAGUUCAACGAAAGAAUAGUGAAAGUAGUAGUUGCAGUGACAGUGAAACAAUUCGAAAAUGUGUGGAAAAUGGUUUAGAAGAGUCUCAACAACAACAACAGCAGCAACAAUUUCAAAACCAAGAACAAGAACAGCAGCAACAACAAAAUUCCACACAAUCUGUGCAUCCCGCAACAAUAACAACAAAUAAUAAAAGUAUUGUGGAAACUGAAGCACAAUUGAAUACAGAGAAUGAUGUACAACUAUGAUUGUAAACUAAAAAUUAAUUAACCAGAUAAUGAAUCGAAAUAAGAAACAUUAUUGAAAUGAAAUGUCUUAAGAGUGAUUGAACGAGAAUGUUAUGGAAAACAAUAUUUAUACAAUUAUUUACAAACAAAUAAAAUAGGUUUCUUUAAUUAUUAAUUUUCCUUAUUAAUUUUUACAAAAUGAAGAUGAAAAACUACAAAACAAUACAACUAAAACUAAAUAUGUACGUCUUAGUAGCAAUGGCGUAAUAAAACUGAAUAUACUUGUAACUACAUAUUUAAUGAAAUGUUAAAUUAAAACAACUUAAAAACUUAGGUUUUAUUGAGGUAAGGUCUAACUAAAUAAGUCUAAUUAAUAUGUAAUAUAAUAUUAAGAAUAUUAAAAAAAAAAAAACAAAACAAAAAUUAGUUAGGUAAAUCUUUACUACAAUAAUAUGAAAAAUGUUGCAAUAAUUAUGCUACACACUGUAUGUCUGAUUGUUUUUUACACUUAAACACACUCAUACAUACGAACAUAAAUAUUAUUAAUUGAAAACAAACAAAAAAUUAUAGACAAAAUUUUAAAGAAAAAAAAAAACAAACACGGUGCAAUUUAUUAUUAAACAAAAACUAAUUCAAAUAUUAAAUUCUUUUUUUUUUUAAUUAUUAUUAAUAAUACAAAUAUAUAUGUAUGUUGUAUACAUCUAUGUAUAUUAGACUGUUGUAGAAAUGUAUGGAAAAAAAAUAAAUUCAAAAAACGGCUUGUAACUCCCCUUUAAAA